CUCCUCCUCAUCUUAACAACCCCAAUUCCCUUCUCCCAUCGGUUGCAUGCCGCCGCCCACCGCCGCUGCCUUGCAUGUCCGCCGCCGCCGCCGCGCCGCCGGCAACCUCACUGCUCCGCCCAGCCGCGGCGUCGCUGACCACUGCCAGCAACAGCAGCAACAGGGUCCAUCUCAAGAACCUCGAGCAUCUCUUCCGUAACCGCGGCGCCGCCGUCGCCGUCGAGAGCGCGACACCGGCGCAGCAGCAGCAGCCGGUGCUGAAGGCGCCGCUGCUGCGGCUGCCGUCGUUUCUUGCGCGGGGGAGAGGGGAGGUGGCGAUGAAGGAGGAGGCGCACGGCGUGUCGCCGCGGCGGCUCGAGCGGGUGCUCCUCCCGGCGGCGCCCGACGGGCCGUCGCCGCGCGGGAACAUCGCGGCGACGUGGAGGCGGCUCCACGGCGAGCACGACUGGAGGGGGCUGCUCGACCCGCUCCACCCGGACCUCCGCCGCGAGAUCGUCCGCUACGGCGAGUUCGUCGGCGCCGCGUACGGCGCGUUCCUGUCCCGCCCCGACGCCGCGCCGGGGGACCGCGCCCGCGCCGCCCCGCCGCUCCAGGACGGCGGCGCGUACCGCGUCACGGCGCCGCUCUUCGCGACCUCCUCCGUCGGCCUCCCCGCCUGGCUCGCCUCCGCCGCGCCGUGCGCCGCCCAGCGCACCAGCCUCGUCGGCUACGUCGCCGUCUGCGACAGCCCCGCCGAGGUCCGCCGCAUGGGCCGCCGCGACAUCGUCAUCGCGCUCCGCGGCACCUGCACCGUGCUCGAGUGGGCCGAGAACGUCCGCGCCGGCCUCGUCCCGGCCACCGACGCCGCAUCCGCCGCCGACUCGCCGGACGCGCCCACCCCGAAGGUGGAAUGCGGGUUCUGGAACCUCUACAAGACGGCCGCCGCCGGCGGCUCGCCGAGCUUGUCGGAGAUGGUCGUCUCCGAGGUACGGAGGCUACUGACAAAGUACGAGGGGGAGGAGGUGAGCAUCACGGUGACCGGGCACAGCCUGGGCGCGGCGCUGGCGGUGCUGAUCGCCGACGAGCUCGCCGGCCUCGGCGCGCCGGCGCCCGUGGCCGUGUUCUCCUUCGGUGGCCCACGCGUGGGCGACCGCGCGUUCGCGUCGCGCGUCGAGGCGCGCGGCGCGCGCGUGCUCCGGGUGGUGAACGCGCACGACGUCGUGCCGCGGUUCCCGCCGCCGUCGCGCUACGCCGACGUGGGGCGGGAGCUCCGGCUGGACAGCCGCGCGUCGCCGUACCUCCGGCCGGACGCCGACGCGGCGUGCUGCCACGACCUGGAGGCGUACAUCCACCUCGUCGACGGCUUCCUCGGCUCGCAUUGCCCGUUCCGGGACAACGCCAAGCGGAGCAUCCUCCGCCUCCUCGAGAACCAGGGCGGCAACGUCAAGCAGCUCUACAUCAGCAAGGCCAUGGACAUGCGCGUCCGCCUCGACGCCGCCGUCGCCGACAUGCCCGCCGAGGUCUUGGAGUGCGUGCACUGACGGCGACAUGCGCGCCAUGGAAAAGCUUGUUAAUUUGUUUCCUCCUGAUGGUCAAGAAAUAUUUGGAGUUUGACUUUGGAAGAUUUUUAUUUUGAUUUUUUAGUGUAAUUUUAAUUCACCCCUCUUAUACCAAGUAGUACAAAAUUGAGAGGAUGUGUUUGUCUGUGUAGGUUGGUAGAAAUACCUAACGUGAAGAAAUUUCUAUCGUAUAUAGACGAAUAUUAAUUAUUUAUUGAUUCAUUGGCACAAGAAAAGAAAGCUUGCUAUAUUGUCUGUUA